UCCGAGCGAUUUUUUAUCGCACCGUUUUAGCAAAUCUGAUAUAUUAGUGUACUCCAACAAAUUCGAGAUAUGAAUGCAAUUUCACUGUUUUCGUUUGUUUUGUCCUGAGACGUUUUAUCUGAGAAAAAUUGUUGAUAUGAUAUCGAUUAUUAUUUAAACGUGAGAGUGAAUUCGAUUGAAGAAAGUGAAUCAAGAACGAUGGAGCUCUUCAACGCCCUCCUGUUGCUUCUAGCGACCAGCAUCCUUCUAAUAUGGCUCUGGCUGAAGAACAACUACAGCUACUGGCAAAGGAGAAACGUCGAAACAGCCCCCUUUUCCUAUCUUUUCGGCACUCUGAAGGAUGUGACCCUACAAAAGGAAGCCUUCUCCACCGGCACCUUGAAGCUAUACAAGAAAUACAAGUCCAAGGGCGCCAAACACGUCGGUCUCUACUUUCUGUGGGAAACCAUGUACAUGCCGAUAGACGUGGACCUCGUGAAAUCCAUCAUGCAAGUGGAUUUCCAGCAUUUCGUCGACAGGGGUGUUUACGUCAACGAGAAAGCUGACCCUCUGAGCGCCCACCUGUUCAGUUUGGAGGGUAAGAAGUGGAAGCUGCUGAGGAACAAGCUGACUCCCACGUUCACGUCCGGUAAGAUGAGGAUGAUGUUCGAGACCUUGGUGGAGUGCACUAAAGGUCUGGGGAAGGUCAUGGAUGAAGAGAUGGGGGAGGCAGUCGAUAUCAAGGAUAUUUUAGGAAGAUUCACCACAGAUGUCAUUGGUAGCUGCGCCUUCGGACUGAACUGCAACAGUUUGGAAAACCCCAAGAGCGAGUUCAGGGAGAAGGGAAAGGCAGUCUUCGAGAAAGAUUUCUGGGAGAACCUCAAAGAAGUCAUCCUAUUCCUCGCCCCAAACUUCAUGAAGAAGUUGAACAUCAGCCUAACCCCCAAAGAUGUCAGUGAUUUCUUUUUGAACGUGGUCAAAGACACCGUCGCUUAUAGGGAGAAAGAGGGGGUCGUCAGAAAGGAUUUCUUGCAACUCUUGAUCCAGCUGAAGAACAAAGGGAAGCUGGUAGACGACGAGAAGGUCGCCGAAGAAAAUAUCACCGACGAAGAGAAUUCCAUAACUUUGGACGAGAUCUGCGCACAGGCGUUCAUUUUCUUCGAGGCUGGUUUCGAGACUUCUUCGACCACCAUGACUUUUUCGCUGUACGAAUUGUCCAAGAACAAGGAGAUACAAGAGAAGGCUAGGGAUGAAGUGAGGAGAGUUUUGGAGAGACACCAAGGCAAGCUCACUUAUGACGCAGCGAUGGAGAUGCGCUAUCUCGAGCAAAUUAUAAAUGAGACCUUGAGGAAAUAUCCUCCCUUGCCAGUUCUGAACCGGAUUUGUACGAAAGAAUACAGGGUGCCAGGUACGGAUCUGGUUUUGGAGAAAGGACAAAGGCUUAUGAUCCCGGUGAUCGGAAUACAGUCCGAUCCUGAAUAUUAUCCGGAACCGGAGAAGUUCGACCCAGACAGAUUCUCAGAAGAGAACAAGAAGAACAUGAAACCGUACACUUUUCUGCCAUUCGGUGAUGGACCGCGUGUCUGCAUAGGUGCUCGAUUCGGCAUGAUGCAAACAAAGGUUGGAUUGGCGGCCCUGCUGCUGAACUACGAUUUCGAAGUUAGCGAGAAGACAAAAGAACCUAUCGAUUUCGAGCCCAAGUCCUUCGUUAUGCUGACCAAGGGUGACGUGUGGUUGAAAUACCGCAGGAUAGCGGAAAUUGAACUGUAAAAAUCCUUGUUUUCACAUUUUUUUAUAAAUGAUUAGUUUUUAAUAGGGGAAAAAAGUGUAAAAAUUCACUCUACAACUUAAAUAAGUUAAUAAAGACAAGAUCCUCAAUA